AUUGACAACUUGCGUCCACGGUUUGUACUGUAUUCCUCAUAACAAUAUAGAUCCUUUUCAUACCAAUAGAAGGACGGUGACAUGGUGAAGGAUGACGCGCCCAACGGCGCAUCGCAGGCUGUGCUUAAACCUUCUGAUCCUGUCCCUCAUGGUGCGGUACCGGUCACAGGGCUGGACUUUGAUGCACCCCAAAAUCAAGCAGAGCUAAAAGUCACUACUCUCGUAGAAGGCAUGGCGAAAAUCGGAUUCCAAGCAACGUCAGUCGGCCAAGCAGUCAACAUUAUUAACAAUAUGCGUUCUUGGCGGGAUCCAGAAACCGCGGAGAGAACAACAAUCUUUCUCGGAUACACCUCGAAUCUUAUAUCAUCCGGCCUCAGGGAGACAUUACGCUGGCUGGUUCAACACAAGCACGUCUCCGCGAUCGUGACCACUGCAGGUGGCGUUGAAGAAGACUUUAUCAAGUGUCUAGCUCCUACAUACCUCGGAACCUUCACCGCAGACGGAGCGACUCUGAGGAAGCAAGGCUUGAAUCGCAUCGGCAACUUGUUAGUCCCAAACAACAACUAUUGCGCCUUCGAAGAUUGGGUCAUGCCAAUUCUGGACACCAUGCUCGAGGAACAAGAGGGUGCAAAAGGCACUGACAGUGAAGUCUGUUGGACGCCCAGCAAAGUCAUCGCUCGUCUCGGUAAGGAGAUCAAUGACGAGCGGUCGGUAUAUUACUGGGCCUACAAGAACGAUAUCCCCGUUUUCUGUCCCGCGUUGACCGACGGCAGCUUAGGUGACAUGUUGUACUUCCACACCUACAAGUCAUCUCCUGCCAUGCUUCGGAUCGAUAUUGUUGAGGAUGUUCGUCGGAUCAAUACGCUGGCAGUGAGAGCCAAGAGCUCCGGUAUGAUCAUCCUUGGUGGCGGCAUCGUGAAGCACCACAUUGCAAAUGCAAAUCUAAUGCGCAACGGCGCCGAGAGCGCGGUAUAUAUCAAUACCGCGAAUGAAUUCGACGGAUCUGAUGCAGGAGCGAGACCGGACGAGGCGGUGAGCUGGGGAAAGAUCAAGCCAGAUGGCCAGAGCGUGAAGGUCUACGCCGACGCCACGAUCGUCUGGCCACUCAUUAUGGCAGCGACAUUCGCAACGGCCAAAGAUUAAGCCACAGAAGAUGGAUCCUUCCAAUGUGGUCUUGCCGGACUGGUGAAACGUCAAGCCUUAGGCAUGGCUGUAUCGCGUCUAGAGACCCUGCGCCGUUUUUAGCAUGAGGAUCUCCGCUUAAGGUUCGCACUAGCGCAACCUCCACCAUCAGUCAUGCAACUCUCUCGCAGCAUGCAGCCUACGCUUCACUGUGUGCCGACGGCGUCCUUCAUAUGCGAGAUCUCUGCAUCAACCAGCUUGAAUCUGCAUACGUUUCUCCGCAAAGUGAUAGUCUAUGAGCCGCACAGUGCGGAGCAAACU